GUAUGGAUUCUCUCUCACCAUUGGUUUAAAUGCAUGCUUUACUUUUGCUGAUUGGUCGAAGCAUAGGUCAUCGCUCGUGAAUGCGGAAGUCGUGUAGUCUACUGAGUCACCGUUGUAUCAGCUGAUUCUUUCUGAGAGACGUCGCUGACUCAGCGGAGCCCGGUAGAGGGGAGGAGAGACUGAGGGAGUUGGAGAGAAGCCAGUAUGAUUGGUGCAGAACAACAGACUGACAGCAUGGGUGAAGAGGGACCACCCAGUCUGGAGUACAUCCAAGCCAAGGACCUGUUCCCCCCGAAGGAGCUGGUCAGUGAGGACGACAACCUGCAGGUGCCGUUCCCAGCUCUUCAGGGGGAAGGGGUGGAGUAUCUGGGCCGAGCCGACGACGCCGUCAUCGCCAUCUCCAACUACAGGCUCCACAUCAAGUUCAAGGACUCCGUCAUCAAUACCUAUCCAGGUGUGGACAAUCACAUUUCUGUGCCUCUGAUGCUGAUCGAAAGUGUGGAGAGCCGACACAUGUUUCAACUGCACAUCACCUGCAAGGACUCUAAAGUUGUCAGAUGCCACUUCUCCACGUUCAAGCAGUGCCAGGAGUGGCUGAGACGUCUGAACCGGGCCAUAGCCCACCCUGGCAGGCUGGAGGAUCUGUUCGCCCUGGCCUACCACGCCUGGUGUCUGGGGAGCAGCACUGAUGACGAGGACCAGCACCUACACCUCUGUAGACCAGGUGACCAUGUUCGUCAGAGGCUGCAGAUGGAGGUUAAGAGGAUGGGCUUUGACAUGCAGAACGCCUGGAGAGUGUCUGACAUCAACCUCAAAUACAAGCUGUGCUCCAGCUAUCCCCAGCAGCUGCUGGUCCCAGUGUGGAUCACAGACAAGGAGCUGGAGAGUGUUGGUUCCUUCAGAUCCUCCAACAGAAUCCCUGUGGUCGUCUAUAGGCACCAGAGGAACGGGGCGGUGAUCGCUCGCUGCAGCCAACCAGAGAUCAGCUGGUGGGGCUGGAGGAACACAGAGGACGAGUACCUGGUAACAUCCAUCGCUAAGGCCUGUCUGAUGGACCCCGGGACCAGGAUCACUUGUGAGGCCCUGGCCUGCAGCCAACCCCGAGGGGAAGGCCCAGACAGCUCUGACAGCGACUUUGACUCCUCUCUGACAGGAUGCCCAGGCCCUGAUGCCAACACUGCGCCACAAAAGCUUCUUAUCCUCGACGCUCGUUCUUACACCGCUGCAGUGGCCAACCGUGCCAAGGGAGGUGGCUGUGAGUGUGAAGAGUACUAUCCUAACUGUGAGGUGAUGUUCAUGGGCAUGGCCAACAUCCACUCCAUUAGGAACAGCUUCCAGUCCCUCCGAGCCGUCUGCAGCCAGAUCCCUGACCCGGGCAACUGGCUGUCUGCUCUGGAGAGCACCCGUUGGCUGCAGCACCUGUCCGUCAUGCUGAAGGCAGCCACUCUGGUGUGCUCUGCGGUGGAAAGGGAGGGACGUCCUGUCCUGGUGCAUUGUUCAGACGGUUGGGACCGUACCCCUCAGAUUGUGGCUCUCGCCAAGAUCCUGCUGGACCCGUUCUAUCGGACGCUAGAGGGUUUCCAGGUACUGGUGGAGACGGAGUGGUUGGACUACGGUCAUAAGUUUGGCGACCGCUGUGGUCACCAGGAGGAUGCUGUUGACGUGAGUGAGCAGUGCCCGGUUUUCCUCCAGUGGCUGGACUGUGUUCAUCAGCUGUUCAAACAGUUCCCCUGCCUCUUCGAGUUCAACGAAGCCUUCCUGGUCAAGCUGGUGCAGCACACGUACUCGUGUCUGUACGGGACGUUCCUGUGUAACAACGGGCGGGAGAGAGAGGUCCGCAACAUCCACAACCGCACCUGCUCCGUCUGGUCUCUGCUCCGCUCCGGCAACAAGAACUUCCAGAACUUCCUCUUUAUCCCCGGUCAUGAUAUGGUGUUGCAGCCGGUGUGCCACACCCGGGCCCUGCAGCUGUGGACGGCAGUCUACCUACCCACCUCCUCCCCCUGCACCUCUGCCGAAGACGCCAUGGAGCUCUACCUGUCCCCCAGCGUACAGGGAGACGAGCUCACCUCACGGUCCCUGGACAGGCUUCCUAAAACUCGCUCCAUGGACAACCUGGUGUCUGCCUUUGAGAACGGAGUGGCCCUCACCCGCACCUCCAGCGACCCCAACCUCAACAAGCACUGUCAGGAGGCCCGUACUGCCCAUGGCCUGGAGCCUAUGGCUUCUGUAGGAGGAGGGGCCUCACCCGACAGCCCCGAGGACAUCAGCCCUGACACGGGAUUGGAAAGCGACGACUCGGAGGUGGAGCCUGUCACUCAGACUCCUCCUACCACACCCGUGGAGAGGGAGCAGAGAGAAGAGGGCUUCGAGGAGGCGGACAUGAGAGAGGAGAUCUGUCUCACCACCCAGCCCCUCCCCCCCAUCGCUCUGGAGCAGGGUAACCCCCACUUCCCCCUCUCCCCCUGCUCACACCCCUCCUCCACCAGGCCCUCUCCCAGACCACUAACCCCCGGUUCCUCCCCCUCGACUGCCACAUCAGACGGCUGACAG